UCUCAUUGCUGCAGCCAUGGCCGAAGCAGUCAAGGCGGCUGCGCGCCAAUUGCCCGCGUUCAAGCUGGGCCAGAAGCAAGUUUACCUACCCAAUCAUGUCAUCACGAUGCUCCGAAAAGAGCACCUCCCGCCCAACGAGGCCUGCUUCAAAGUCCCUCUGCGAUUCACAAAAUUCGAUCUGCGAGACUAUCUAUGGAACCUGUACAACGUCGAGGUCACCAAAGUGCGAGCCUACGUCAAGCAGCAGCCCCUCACUCAGCGCAGCACCAGCUCUCGCUCCUGGUACCGACCGCAGCCCCAGAAGGUCAUGACCGUCGAGCUGGCGAAGCCUUUCCAGUGGCCGGACGUCCCUACGGAUCUGGAGCCCUGGAGCAAUGACCUGUGGAAGAUGCGCGAGGACACGAUUGAGAAGAGGAACGAGGAGCAGCUCGUGCGACAGAAGAUGCAGAUUCCACUCAAGAGCAAGGAACCUGUAUCAAAAGACCGAGAAGAAUUGGGCAAGCUGGCUAAGCAGAUGUUGUCUGGAGAAGUCAAGUGGUCAAACGAUGUGGCGCUGGAUCCUCGGUGGGAUCAGAUUCUGGAGAAAGAGAAGGCUAGGAAACCAGCCGAGACAACAGCAUCAUGAAGGAAAGGAGAAGAAAAAAAGACAAAAUGGAAAACUUGAUGAGGGAGCACGCACACUGAUUUUUCUCCCCGCAAUCUAUUGGGAUAUACAGGAAAAAGGGAGACUACGGCAAUUGGCCAGUGUAUGACUUAGACGCAUAUCAUGUGCAUAUAUGUAUUAUGUAUAUUACUUUUGAACUUGUAAAAAAAGAAAAUUUCCUCGCC